AUGUUUAGAACCAACAUUUAAGACUUAUCAUAUCUCCUCAAGGAAAAAGAAACUAGAUACACCUUCCGUAAACUUGAGAAAAAGGACGUCUAUAACACACAAAGGCUUAUGAUCAAUGCGUUUCUUUCUCACAAUCCAGUUAUUUAAUUACUAUAGGCUAAGGAACAAGACAUUAAAGUAUUAUAAUCAAUAGAAAUUUUGUAAGUUUCUUUAGUCUUAUUUGUUUUAGUGAUCGAAUUAUACAAGAAAAUCUUUCAUUUGGGGCAUUUGAAGAAGGCAAAUUAGUUUCUGCUUGUUUAACUUGUGAUUUAAAAACAGACAUGUAAGAUGAAGGUGUGUAGCCAACUUUAGUGGCUUCAGAAAUUAUUGGAAUUAUUGAUAUAUUAUUAGGUAAGUAUGUAGCAUCAAAAGAGAGAGACUAUAAAGAAGUAGCUUAUUUAAACCACUUGGGAACUCAUACAGAUUAUUUAAGGUAAUCUUUAGCUGUUGUUUGUGCCUAUUUGUCAAUUGAAGAAUGUAGAAGACAAGGGUUUAAAUAACUACUAACAGAAUCUUGGCAUCAAGGAACUUAUAGCACCUUUAGUAAGAUAUUUACUAAUUUUGAUGUAAUCAAAGAAAUUCAUGAAAUUAGAGAAUAAUAAGUGGAACUCAUCUCUUUAGUUGGAUAAUUGAAUUGA